UUGCCUGAGGGCAGCGGUGUGAUUCAGAUGAUGGAGAAUCUGCUCUUUUCUCUGAAAAGCACUUUUGAUACUUGGCUGAACUCCAGCUCCCCUUUCUGGGUGAUCGAUACCAUCCUUGCCUUUCUAUGUGGACUGGGGCUCUUUCUCCUGAUCCUUCCCUACCUGGAGAAUAACCCAUCCUUUGCUCCCCCUAGGAAACAUGGAAACAUCAGGAAGCAUCGAAAGGAACGAAGGGGAAGAAGCAGGAGCAGCAGGAGAAAUGGCGCUUUGAAAGCUUGCAGAGAUUGCCUGGAAGAACUGGAAGAGGUCUGGGACCUGACUUCACUUCUGCAAAGACACCUGGGGAGGUUCCCUGACAAGGACAGCUUUCAUCAGAUCUCAUGGCAAGAUUCACCUGGUGAGGUUUGCAAAGCAGUGCCUGCUGGAGCCCACCCACCAUGCAGGGAAGAGGCGGCUCCCACCAUUUCCCCAGCUCCUCUGACCAAGCAGCCUCUACCCUGCACUUCUGCCAUUUCUCCAGGAGAAAGCCGUGGUAGCAGUAAGCUGGACUUAAUGGGGCCUGAGUUUCUGCUUUGUACCAGUGAAGCUCCGAAGAUGUGGUCCAUGGUGAAGCUCCAUCUUCUCCUAUAA